CUUCAGUGUGUAUGAGAGGAGGUCCGGCGUCGCCUGGCUUCUCCACACAACUUUGCGCGUGGCCUAAUCAGCUGUUAGUGGAAGAUUUUUUUUUGUGUGUGUGUGUUUAUUUAUUUAUUAUUAUUAAUCGUCGUAACGACUCCGAACACCGCGUACAAACACCGCCGUGUUAUGGAACUAGACAAAAUGGACGAAAACGACUGGAAAUACCACGGGGAAGGGAACAAGAGCCUUGUUGUUUCUCACAUCCAGCAUUCCAGGGUCCUCCGGCUUUUGAAAUACCCAUCCGAGGACGCCGAAAACACACAUCAGACAACGGAACAAGCUUUCCAACACAUACUCAACAUCGUUGAUUAUAGCAGGAACGUCAUGAAGCCCUUGUUGGGGGAGAAGUAUGUGCACAGUGGAGAAGUCGUUAAACUCCCAUUGGACUUUGUACGAAAGCUGUCUUUAAAGAUCCAGCAAGAACGCCCAGAACUGCGGUGCGAUAAAGUGAUGGACACUUUCAGUGGGUGUGGCCUGUGCCUUCCCAACCUCACCCACCUUUCGCCGUGCCACUUUGGGGAUCGCCGACCUCCUCUGUGUGUGGAAAUUAAGCCAAAAUGUGGAUUUCUACCCUUUUCAAGACACGUUACCAAGGAAUGCAAGAGAAAAGUGUGCCGAUUUUGUAUGCAUCAGCAUUUUAAGCUCGCUAAUGGGAAGUGGAACAGGCUCAGCAGGUACUGUCCCUUGGAUCUCUUCUCAGGGAACAAACAGAGAAUGUAUAUUGCAAUCAAGAACCUACUGGAAGAACCACAAAACAAUUUAAAAAUAUUUAAGGGUGGAGAAUUGAUAUACAGCUGCAGAGAUGAUGCCAAGCAACAACCCGACUUAAACGAGCUCGUCCAGCACCUGUGGCCCUACUUCCACCACAGCAACGGGCAUCAGUCCAGCAAAACUGUCCUCAGUGAGUUCAUUCAGGUGAUCUGCAGCGCUCUGCUGAGUCCCGGAGACUCCAAUCGCUCUGGAGAACAGAGGAAGAUGCAGCUCUCUGAUAGCAGAGUGCACUGUGAAGCCAGUCCACUUCACAGAGAGCAUCUACGCAAUGGCAGUCCCGGUCUUCCCAAAGACUGUGUCCUUGCCAAAAUCCUCCAAGCCCAGAUGAUGGACAACCUUGACAUUGAAGGCCUCUACCCUCUGUACAAGAGAGUGGAGCAACAUCUGGAGGAGUUUCCUAAUGAUAGGAAUACACUGCAGAUAGAUGGUCCUUAUGAUCUGAGUUUCCUGGAGAAGGUGAAAACAUGUCCUGAAGAUGAUGGCACUGUAGAGUAUGCAGUUGCAAAGGUUCUUCAGUAUAGAGUAGCAAUGACUGCGAAGGAUUGCUCCAUCAUGAUCACCUUUGCACCUUGUGGAGAAGAUGAAAAACUACAGCCUCAUUUAGAAAUCCAGCCUACGAAAUCUCGCUUCGCGUCCUCCGUGUCCAUCCUGGAUUUGGACCCCAAGCCGUACGAGAGCGUCCCGCACCAGUAUAAACUCGACACCAAAAUCGUCAACUAUUACCUGAAGAGCACAAUUACCACACAGGACACGCCUCCCUCCAGCCUUUACAGUGAGCGGCAGGACUGCACGCUGCUCUUCCACCCCGUAUGAACCUCGCUCUCCUCAUGUCACGGCUCCACACGCUGGCAAGAAGGCAAAAACUAAACCUGGAACGCACCAUCCUGAGUGUAUUAUUCUCAGAUUAUAUUUGUUUGUCUCCCCCUCCCAUUUAAAAUGUGUGCCAUGCUUUUGUAAUGUGAAAAGCGAUCGAACCUUUCGAAGAACGAAAGGCGCAGAGAAAGGAAAGGGGGUGGUCAUGUGACGCACAACCGCAUUCUAGUGCCAAAAGUGGCUUUCUCCUUCAGUUGGGUUUUUUUUUUUGCUCAGCAUGGAGUGUCUCUGUGUAGAGACUAAAGCGAGGGUUCAUUGAAAUAAAGACUUGAUGUAAAACGAGACUACUACUCCGUAACGUUUAGGUCUGUGACCACUGACAUUAACAGGAUUUACAGUAUGGCUAAGAAGACUAAGAUUUAGCUCAAAGCCAUCACUUUUUGUACGUUCAGUAAGUACUGUACCUUAGUCGGUUAUUAUUUAUGUUUAAUCAGCUUUGUUUUGUUUUUUUUCCUUCAGUUUAAACAAAAAAAUGCACAUUGCAUGCUGAUGAGUCUUUAACCACUGCAUGUGUUUGCUGCUUAAUUUGUUCCUAAUCUGUUAUGGUUUUGCUGGACACGUUGUUUUAUAAAUUUCCAUUUCCCUCCAUCUAAAGUGUAGCAUGUAAUUACCAUGAACUGGUCACUUGUGUGCUACAACAGACCCCCCCCCCCCCCCCAAGUGAAAUGCCGUUUGGUGAACACUGCACUGAGCUUGGGCUCCUCUUUUGGCCCUUAAACCAGACUCUUGUACACGUUAACCAAAGGCAUCUAACAUAGAAGUUGCACAUAAAGAGUAUAAAAGAGCCACUUUCCAGAACUGCACCACCUAAAGAAGUUUUUUUUUUUUUUUUUUUUUUUAAAGUAAAGGCUUCUUCUUUAUUAUAAAGUAGUUUUAACGAGUUGCCUGUGGCUCAGUACACGCGUCUGGCCCAAUUACUUACAGCAGAAAGCACAGCGUUUACUAUAGCCAAAUCUUUUUAUAGAGACUUCUGAGAUCACUUUAACUCAACACUAUACAUCACAUCGAAGGACGUGCGCUCGUAGUCGAGGGUCGUAUCCGCUUAGAGACGCCAGAUCGAUCGCAUAUCUGUGACUUCUAAUGCGUCAUUGCUUUGGCCAUCAUUGCUGUGAUUUUUUAUUUAUUUGUUUUUCCUUCCACUUCAAAUCGAUUGCUGUGUCUAAUGCUGUUUUAAACCACUAAAGUUCUCUCUCUCUCUCUUCUUUAGUUAAACAACUGAACGACUCCAUGACUUGAUUAGACUUUUUACUGUUUUUUUUUUUUUUUGCGCAUCAGUUCUCGAGGCCUUAAUGGACAGUUAAACAGCCUUUAAUAUCGGCCAAACUCUUUACUGUUCCCCCGUAAGUGUCCGUGCUGCAGAUUUUUAAGUUCAGUAGUCAUUACGUAUGAAAGAGAGUACAAAUGGGACAUCUCGUUGUAGUUUGAAGUGAAAUCAGACGUAAUGCAAGACCGAAGGUUUUUGUUUGUUACAAAGCGGAACUGUUUUGAUUUUACACUGCCAGUCAAAAGACUUGGAGUUUGCUUAGUUGCAAUUGAGUGCCACAGAAAAAAAAGGAUGAACCUAAAUCUUUAGUGUAGUCGAUUAAAUAUUAAUCAGAAAAGCUUGUAUAGAU